UGUGACUGUUUUUUGCGAUUGUAAAAUAAAUGAAUGAUAAUAUUUAACGUUAAUGGUUUUUUUCUGGAGAACUACAUCUAAAAUAUAUAUAUAGAGAAAACGAACACGGUGUGAAGAGAUUUUUGAAAAUUUAGCCGGAUAUCAAACAUUCCAUUACUUAUGUAAAGUAACUAGACAACCCUGCUGCCGACGCUGUCCUUUCCGGCCAAUGGCAACCCUGAUCCUGUUUGUGGCGGCAUUUUGAUCAGAAUUUGCUAUUAUUUUUUGCAAGCCCAGCAGUCGUCCAUAGAAAAUGCCCCGUGUUGCCAAACCGAAGGUUGCUGCCGGCACAGCGCCGGCCAAGAAGGCGGCGCCCGCCAAGAAGGCCAAGAAGAACAUGUACGACAUGCCGGAGAAGGUGCCGGAGGGCACUGUCUUCACAGAUUUGGCCAAGGGCCAGUGGCGCAUCGGCCCUUCCAUCGGCGUGGGCGGCUUCGGUGAGAUCUACGCCGCCUGCAAAGUGGGGGAGAAGAACUAUGACGCCGUUGUGAAAUGCGAGCCCCACGGCAAUGGACCGCUUUUUGUGGAAAUGCACUUCUACCUCCGCAACGCCAAGCUGGACGACAUAAAGCAGUUUAAGCAGAAGAACGGCCUCAAGUCGCUGGGCAUGCCCUACAUCCUGGCCAACGGAUCGGUGGAGGUGAAUGGCCAGAAGCAUCGAUUUAUUGUGAUGCCCCGCUACGGCAGCGACAUCUCAAAGUUCUUCGUGGCGAACGGAAAGCGCCUGCCCGAGGGCACAGUCUAUCGACUGGCCAUCCAGAUGCUGGACGUCUAUCAGUUCAUGCACGGCACCGGCUAUGUCCAUGCCGAUCUGAAGGCCGCCAACAUUCUGCUGGGCCUGGGCAAAGGCGGAGGAGCACAGGCCUACCUGGUGGACUUCGGCCUGGCCUCCCACUAUACGACGGGAGAUUUCAAGCCGGAUCCCAAGAAGAUGCACAAUGGCACGAUUGAGUACACAUCGCGAGACGCCCAUCUGGGCGUGGCCACCAGAAGAUCCGAUCUAGAGAUUCUCGGCUAUAACCUUAUCGCGUGGAUGGGAGUCGAAUUGCCCUGGGAGACGCAAAAACUCUUGGACGUUCCACAGAAGGUGCAAAAGGCCAAGGAGGCAUUCAUGGACGACAUUGUCGGCAGUCUCAAGUCGCUCUUUCCCAGGGGAGUGCCGGCAGCCAUAGAGGAGUUCAUGAAGUACGUUACCAAAAUGACGCACAACCAGGAGCCGGACUAUGACAAGUGUCGCCUGAUGUUCCAGAAGGCUCUCAAGCAGAUCGGAGUACCGAACAGCGGAGAUCUUGACUUCAAGAUAAAGCCGCAGACCAGCAGCAACAAUAAUAUUAGUCCUCCAGGUACUAGCAAGGCGGCACCAGCUGCCAGGAGAGCCAAAAAGGUAGAAUCUCCCGUGGUAAACUCAUCCAUUGAUGAAAUAAUCUCCGCCAGCGAUGAAGAGGAGGAAGAGGAGAAACGCAUUAAGAGGGCGGCCAUGAAGGCUUCGCCCGCAGCUCGAAGAGCUGCCAUGAAGGCUUCGCCCAUUGCGCGAAAAGCUGUAAUGAAGGCGUCUCCCGCAGCUCGAAAAGCCGCCAUUAAGACUUCGCCCGAAGCUCGGGGUGCAGCCCCAGCGUUUCCCAAAAAGCGUGAUGCCGCCAGUCCAACCAAUCAAAAGCGGGUAAAGACUGAUCCCGAUUUGUCGCCCAAGCCAAGGGGGACUCCCAAGGCCAGCCCUAAGCCACAAACCCCCUCAGCAACAACCCAGCCUAAGACGCCAAAGCCUCACACUUCCGGAGCCAGCGCCAAGCUCAACUUUAGUCCAGCGAUUUCUCUACGUGGUCGGCCUGGUGGAAAGACCGUGGUCAACGAUGAUCUAACUCCGAAUCCACGCUCCAAAAAAACCUACGAGUUUAAUUUUGAGCUGGACGUGAGCAUGGACGCCAAUGUCAUAGUGAACGUCAAGCGCAAAAGAAAGGCCGCCAAGGAUCAGGCGGCGGCUACUCCAGAAUCUAGGACUCCUUCCGCACGCAGCAUAGCCAGCUCGAAGGAGGAGGGCGGAACACCCGUCACCCGCGUUAAUUUCCGCAAGGUAAACGGCCACGACGAUAGCUCUUCAUCUCCCGCCAAGAGCCCGCGCACACCGGUUGUCACCCUGCGCAAAUACCAGCGUUAGGUUAUUGUUUUUUGUAUUGUUAAGCUGAAAAAUUUGAAUAAAUAAAGUCGUAUUAUUUGUGAAAUAUUA